AUGGGCCAUUCGAAACACAAGAAACAUCACCGGCAUCGAAGUCGAGAUAGAAAUGAUGAUGAUGAUGAUCGGAAACACCGGCAUCGUGAACGGCGUCAUACACCAUCUUCAUCGUCGUCUAGUGAAAGUUCCAAAACAUCUGAAGAAGAAUACCGAGAACGACCCACUUCAACCAAAGGUCGAACAAUGGAAGAUAUCGAACGUGAGGGUUAUGAAAUAAGACUCGAGAAAAGGCGUCAGCGUGAACUCCGAAAAGUUUAUGAAACUCCGCACGAGAAACGACAACGGCGUUUAGCGAAGAAAAUGGAAAAGGAACGACGACAAAAAGCAGCUCUAGGAUGGGAUACUGAGCAACUAGGUAUGACAAAUGCAAACAAUCCAUUCGGUGAUGAGAAAUUGUUAGAUACUUUUGUAUGGGGAAAGAAAUUAGAAAAGAAAGGUCUAACAGAUGUUGCACCAGAUCAAUUGAAAACGAUGACAGCGCGACGUGUUGAAGAAAACAAAAAUGAAUUGGAAAAAUUGAAGAAACAACGAUUAGAACGUGAACGUCAAAAAGUGGAAAUGGAAAAAGAAAAAGAAUUUCUACAACGAGUCAAAGAAGCUGAAUAUUAUCGGGAAUGGGAAAAACAAGAAGAUUCAUUUCAUUUCAAUCAAGUUCGUCUUCGGUCAAAAAUUCGUAUCACUGACGGGCGUGCUAAACCUAUUGAUCUUCUCGCUCAUUAUAUCAAUGAAGAUGACGACGAUUUAGCUGUGGAAAUGCACGAACCAUCAACUUAUUUAAAUGGUCUUACCAUUCGUGAUCUCGAAGAUUUACUUGCUGACAUUCGUGUGUACACGGAGUUAGAACAACAACAGAAAACCAGUGGAAAAUUAGCACAUAAUUAUGAUGCGCAAUAUUGGCAGGAUGUUACAACAAUUACUGAAGAUGAAUUAGCAAAAUUAAAAAAACUAUCUUCGAAAUUGUACAAUGAUCAACGAGUUGAUGAUCGACGUGAUGGAAUUCAUGAAUCUGUUUCUCAAGAUGUCACAGAAACAUUUAAAAACAAAACUCCACAACAGCUCGAGCAAUUGGAACAAAGAAUCAGAUCGAAGAUUGAAAAUGAAAAAGGCAUCGAUAUUGGUUUUUGGGAGUCACUUUUAUCUCAAUUGCAAGCACAUAUGGCUCGAGCUCGUCUUCACGAUCGCCAUCAGUUAACGUUGAAACGAAAAUUACAGAAGAUUAAACAAGAACAAGGAAUAUUCCAUGCACCUGUAUCUACUUCAUCUGCAACCUCAUCAUCAACAAUACCAAAAAAGAAAAAAGACAUUGAUGCAACGGAGUCUAACAACGAUAAUGAAUACCUAUUUUCCGAAGAAUUAGAAAAUCGGUGUAUACGUGAUUAUGAACAAGGUCGCUAUUCACCAAUAUUAGUCAGUAUCAAUGAUCUGGAUUUGGAAAUUCAAAAGCGUUGCACAGAUGAAACGGAUGAUUGGGAAAAAUUAAGACAACAACGAGAAUCAGUAAUGAAGUCUGGUUCAGUUAAACCUGACGUCGAAGACGCAUUUGAAGCUUAUGCAAGAACCAUGGGUACCCUAACAGCUGAUGACACAGAUGUUAAUACCGGUGUACCUAUGGAUGUUCAAUAUCUAUGGUCAGAUAAAUAUCGACCACGCAAACCUCGUGUUUUCAAUAAAGUUCAUACAGGUUAUGACUGGAAUCAAUAUAAUAAGAAACAUUACGACACGGAUAAUCCGCCGCCUAAAACAGUUCAAGGAUAUAAAUUUAAUAUUUUCUAUCCUGAUUUGAUCGACAAAACGAAAACACCAUCGUAUAGCUUGACGGUCUGUGAAGAUAAUCGCGAUUUUUCAAUCUUGAAAUUCCAUGCUGGUCCACCAUAUGAGGAUAUUGCAUUCAAAAUUGUCAGUAAAGAAUGGGAUUUUUCAUAUAAACAUGGCUUUCGAUGUCAUUUUCAAAAUGGAACCAAUACCAACCAACGACAACUUGAUCGUCAGUCAUCAUCAUCAUCAUCAUCUUCAAAUCGACUGACACAAAGAAGGAAAUCACCGGCAAAAAUGGUCUGUGUACCUUGCAUUUUCGUUGGCUUAGCUAUUGUCAUUUGGUGUAAAUUUCUUGAACCAUACAUUCGCCCGAUUUAUGAACGACUCUGUCAGUAUUAUCCACCAUUGAGAAUCGUUGGCACUCAACUUGGAGUUUGGGGUGAAAAACUAGAACAAUUCGGAGCGAAAUUUGGUAUUCGUAUGCCAGAAUCAUGUCCAAUGCCAAAGAAGAAAACAGAUCCUUCGAAAUGUCCAGUUGCUGGUAACAACAAAUUGUAUCCUGAUUUAUCGACAGCAACAAAAGAAGAUAUGGAUGUCCAUCAUCGAACAACAGCUCCUAGCGAAUAG